AAAUACAACGCGUGAAGAAAUCGAACAACUCUGAUGGUUUUUUUGUACUUAGUUCCAGCUCUAGAGGCUCACGGUGCACCAGACGAUCUAACAGGUCUUUCAAUAAUGAACGACUUACUAAAGUGUCUUUGUUUUUGAAAUUCAACUUUUGUGUCAUUCAAUGAAACUCAAAAAUAGAUAAAAGUGAAAAAAAAAGAAAGACGUUUAUCUUCGUUCAACAACAUUGCCGUCGCGUUGGCAUACAUUUAUAAUGAGUGUCUUUUACAUUUUGAUGUCUGUGUAACUAUCACACGUUUGAUUGACACUGAAAACAAACGAUCUUCGUUGCCAAGUGCCAAGCCUAAUACGCUCCUGCAGUUAUUUGAAUAGCUCCUACGAGUACGCCGAAAGAAUUGCGUGUGCAUGUCAGAUCACCGUUACGCCAGUGCGUAGACAGAACAUUCAUUCUAUCUAAACGUAGAAAUUAAUAGAAAUUUAGUACCGUGUACUGUAUACUUGUCUAUUUGAUUAGAAAAAAAUUGCAAGUUAUUAUAACAGCUACUCUCGCGGGUGUACACCUAAGAAGAUCUCUCGUUCGAAUACCAACAGCAUUAAUGUUAUCCGUAACGCAGUCGUUUAUGGAAAUCGUGCUCCGUGAGGUGCAUCUUUUCGCACGUCAAAGUAGGUUCUUGUCAGCGUCAGCAGCACUAUCACAGCCAGCGCAAAAACGCACACCGGACAGUCAUCGGGAAAAACAACAACCGCAGAAACUACACAGUGACAUUGAACAGAUAGAAACUAAAUACAGACUUCAACCUGUAACUUAUGCCGUGGAUGAUUUUCGAUCGAUAAUCAACACCGAAAAAGACGCAAAGAAAGUCCACAUUAUCCUCCUCGAGCUCGAAUCACUGCGCAUAAAUGGGGACCUUGCACCCUGCUACCUAAAUAAAAAGGAUAUGCUUAUUCUCAUGGAUGAAGCAUCCCUUUCGAACAGAGUAAAAUACUUGAACUAUAUGUAUAAGGCAGAGAAGAGAAAGUUUCGUAUGAAAGUUGAAAAGGAGAUAAACCGCUUGAAGCGCGACGCAAAUCCGGCGAAGCCCAUAUUGAUGGAUCGUGGUAUUUAUCCGAUUAUCAGACCUCAACAAGAAGCCUUAUUCUUCAAUAGCCGAUUAGCGACGGCGGCUCAAUUUGGACAGAAACUCGUUCUUGACUGCUCCUUUGAAGCAAAUAUGAACCGAAAACAAAUUGCAUCCCUCGGCACGCUGUUACGGAACACCUAUUCGUCGAAUAGGAUUUCGCGAGAACCAUUCGAUAUAAUCCUGUCGGAUAUUCAACGAGGAGACGUGUUGGACAAAGUCCUCGACAUGUGUCUGCCAAAUCUGAACAGUCACAGCUGCCUCAUCACGAAAAGCUACGCUACAUAUCUCGAGAUGUUUCCGAAGGAACGGAUCCUUUAUCUGACACCUAAUUCGAACAACGUAAUUAUGAAAUGGGAUCCGGAAGCGGUGAUUGUCAUCGGUGCACUGGUCGACAAUGCAAGCGGAAGACCCCUCACAUUCGCAAAAGCUUUACGACAGGGUGUUAGACAUGGCAAACUGCCGGUCGGGCAUUAUCUGCCGAUGUUUCGGAUAAAUACCUCAGUAUCCUUGACGUUCCAUGCCGUUGUCGAUAUCUUAUUGGAGUUAAAGCAAUCGAACGACUGGAAGCAAGCUUUCACCAAGAUACCCAAGCGAAUCAUAACUAGUGUUGAGAAGGUGCGAGCUAGCCAGCAUCCAAUAUCGCAUAGGCCUGGUUGGAGUCUAAAAGAAUAUAAUUAGUAAUUUGUAUAUGAUCCGAGUAUAAAUGAAUAGACUUCAAUUACAAUGUUUUGGUGAUAAAACUAUUGUAGAGUUUUGCGUGCUGACUAUCAGGGACAUAACGGCUGGUAUCUUCUUUUUAUUAAAUUGAAUGUAGAGCAUAUUGAUGAGCGAGAUGAGACGCUGUGCAUAAUUUGUAUAGUUGUUUAUGUCACGUUUUGCAUUAGGAGGUCGCUAAAUGGGUAAAAGAAAAAUGGUAGAAAAUUUUAAGAUAGUUGAACAAAGACAACUUUUAGAGAAUGAAAAACAUUGCAGGGCAUUGCCAAAUAGGAUAAAUUUGUGGAAGUGGAUUGGCUUUUUUGUACUGUAGAAUGAAGAAGGUAGAUGGUAAGGUAAGCGUGUUGUGUUCUUAAUAAAGAUUUUGUUUUC